AUAGCGCAUACGCUCUAGCGGAGCCUUUGUCCGUUGUCCGAGAUACAUAUUUGUGCAGUCAGUUUACUCGCAACUAAAUCGUUGCACACGCACGUACACGCGCGCGCGCAAACACACGCACGCGCGCACGCGAACGACGAUGACAGAGAAUCUACGGCGCUCGCGUCUGCACUUACUGCGGCGGUGAGAUGCCUGACGUAAUGGAAGAGAAAGUGUCACCGAAAAAGAAGGCGGCCGUCGUGCAGCGUCUGCGACAGAAAUUCGAGCUGUACCGCCGUCACCACCAACAAUGUUCGCCCAAGUUCGAACGGACGUUGAACGGGGUGUUCGAGCAGCAGAGACAGGAGACGGCCGUCCUGCACAGACGCUGGAUGGAGUCGACGAAAGCGAAGAAAGCCGGCAAGAAUAAGCAGGAGAAUCGUGCCCAACAGAAGACGUCCUCCUCCUCUUCCGCCGCCGCUUCCUCCGUCGCCGCCUCUGCCGCCGCGCCUUCGUUCGGACUCCCCGCCUCCGCCGACGCCAUGUCGGUCGAUCCGCCGGUGAACAAGGGAGUGAAACGCAAGAUGGACGACCAGCAGCAGCACGACGGUGGCGGUGGCGCCCUCUCGCGACACGACGACUCCGUCGUCGGCGACAUCAAGUACAUGCCGCUCGAUCUUCCCGUCGACAUCCCCCUGAACUCCUUCUCCCGGGAAGUGGCGCCGGCGUCCGGCGCAAAACUGGCGUGCGGGAACGGCGUGGACGCCGUGGGGGCACCACCGUCUGCCCCCGUCGUCGACUGCAAGAGGGAGCCACCGGGCAGCGACGACGGGUUGGACGCGGACUGCCCGACGGACGCGUUCCAUGGCUUUGGCCUCGACAUCCACCCGGACAUGCUGCAGGACAUCCUCAGCUCGCUCAGUCCUGACAUGAUGGACCACCUCGACCAGUUCCAGGACGCCGGCGACGACGACGACGACGCACGGUUGCCGGGGGCGACGGGCGACGACGUCGAGCUGCACGCAGACGCCGAGAAGCUGCUGAGUUCGAUCAUCGCCAAGCCGGCUCCUUCCGUUGCUCCCGGCAACCGCGCAACGGCGGCGGCGAUGCCGACGUCGUCGCAGGGUGGCGCCCCCUACAUGCAGGCGGCGCCGGCGAUCGUUUCUCCGAACCCGGCGGCGCAGACGCUGAAACAGAUGGCGGAGCAGCACCAGCGGAACAGCGGGGGCGACGGUGGCGCCGUCGCGAUGGGCAAGGAGAUGGGGAUGCAGCAGUGCACGCUCCCCGUUAAGUUUCCGUACAACAACACUGCCGCCGCUCGCUCGGAAUUCGCUAUGAUGGCGAAACAUCCGACCGCCGUUGGCGGCGGCGGUGGCGCCCCCUACGUCGGGCAGUACGUCGGGCAGCAGGCGGCGCCGGCGGGGUUUCCGCAGCAGAUGGUGAAACAGGAGCAGGGCUGCGGAGGCGGGGCGAUGCGCGUGACCGUUGCCGCGCGCGGAGCGACGGAUGCUGCCGCGCUCGCGAUGAUGCACCCAUCGUCGCGGCAAUCGUUCGCCUACCACGGCACGAAGCCUCUGAGCCACUGCGACCUUCCCGGUCAGCAGGGGGCGCUGUCGACGCACCGGUUUGGCGCGGAGGCAGUCCGUUCCGCUCCGCAGACGCACCAGCACCUGCAGAUCUCACAGGGGACUAUCCGGAUAUCCCACCCACCGACCCAGCAGCAGCAGCAGCAGCUGCAGCAGCAGGCGAACAUUCCGAGGAUAGGUCACCCCGGCGCCAUGUCGUAUCCGCCGACAGCCGCCGCCGCUGCCGCCAUGUGCCUGCCCGCCGCUGCUGCCGCCCCGCGCCACCCCCAGAUGGCACUACACUCGGCUCAGCGAUUCGCGAUGCGGCAGCAGUUGCCACAGGAGCAGAUGCUUGCCCAGCAGGUGGCACUGCCACAAUACCACGAGCAUGCGCCGCGCGUUGUCGUAUCCUACCACCAGGAGGCGGGCGCGAUGGGUCUGCAGAUGCAGCAGAUGCAGGAGUUUCGCUCGCAGGCGAUGGCGGCGGCGAGCGCGGCGCCUUCUGGCAUGCAGCUGCAGCAGCAGGCGCGCAUGGUGCCGCUGCCCCCUGGCGGUGGCCGCAUCCCGAGCACUAGCACCCUCCAGCAGCAGCUGUCGGAGGCGCAGCGGCCCCAGCUGCACCUCUCGUCUUCUCCGCAGCUUGGCUUUCCAAACCACGUGAUUCUGCAGCAGCAGCAGCACGCGGCGGUACGGCAGCAGAGUGCGGCGUCGGCACGGCAACCGUGUCCUAUGCAGCCGCAUCCGCAGCAGCAGCAGCUAGGUGGGGCCCAGGUGAUGACCUCUCAGCAGCAGCAGCAGCAGUGGAUGUGGCCGCAGGCCAGCGUCCAGCGACAGAAACUCGUGUCUCCGCAUCCCGGCACGCAGCCGCCGCCGCAGCAGCAGCAGCAGCAGCAUCUUGCUGGUAGGGUGCCGUCUCCAGCGCAGACGAUGAAGCAGCAGCAGCAGACGCCUCCGCU